AUGGAGUUAUAUGUCAAAGCCGGCAUAGAUGGAGAAAGCAUUGGGAACUGCCCGUUCUCCCAGCGUCUCUUCAUGAUCCUGUGGCUCAAAGGAGUUGUGUUCAACGUCACCACUGUUGACCUGAAAAGAAAGCCAGCUGACCUACACAACCUGGCUCCUGGGACCCACCCACCUUUCUUGACUUUUAAUGGAGAAGUCAAGACAGAUGUUAACAAGAUUGAGGAAUUCUUGGAAGAGACUCUUGCACCUCCAAAGUACCCCAAGCUGGCUGCUAAGCACCGGGAGUCAAACACUGCUGGAAUCGAUAUCUUCUCCAAAUUUUCUGCAUACAUCAAAAAUACCAAGCAGCAGGAUAAUGCUGCCCUUGAAAAAGGCUUGGUGAAGGCUCUGAAGAAGCUGGAUGACUAUCUGAGAACCCCUCUGCCAGAGGAGAUCGAUGCAGACAGCACUGAAGAGGAGAAGGUAUCUAAACGCAAGUUUCUGGAUGGAGAUGACCUGACUCUUGCUGACUGCAACCUUCUGCCCAAACUCCAUGUUGUCAAGAUUGUUGCAAAGAAAUACCGCAACUUUGAGUUCCCGACAGAGAUGACAGGGCUGUGGCGGUACCUGAAGAAUGCCUAUGCCAGGGAUGAAUUCACCAACACCUGUGCAGCGGACAAAGAAAUUGAGCAAGCCUACGCAGACGUGGCCAAGCGGCUCAGCAAGUCCUAA